AUGGCCGUUAGUGAUAAGAAGUUCAAUGAGAUGAUGACCCACAACAAAAUGCUCGAAAACCAAAUUUCUCAACUUGCUAAUGCUUUGAUAGACCAAGCAAUCCCUUCUUCUUUACCUUCCCAAGGCAUUGGUCCCAAGAAACCCGUGAAUGCUAUUGUUACAAGGAGUGGUAAGGUUCUUGAGGAGAGAUUGCCUAGGAGGAGUGAAGACAAGGAGGUCCCCAAGGAAGCUUUGGUUGAGAAUGAGAGAGAUAGAGCAUCUUUAGAUGAGGUUGUUGUUGAGACACCAAGAGAGUGCGAUCAUCAUGAACAAAAUGCCACCCAAGUGAAAGACCCCGGAAACUUCUCCAUCCCUUGUGCUAUUAACAAGAUGCAAAUUGACAGUGCCUUAUGUUACUUAGGAGAUAAUGUAAGCCUAAUGCCAUAUUCGGUUUAUAAAAUACUUGAUCUAAGGGAACUCUUACCUUCUAACAUUACCUUGCAACUAGCCAAUAGGUUAAUCAAGUUUCCAAAAGGUAAAGUGGAAGAUGUUCCAUUGAGGGUUGGGAAGUUUGUGUUCCCGGUGGAUUUAGUUGUUCUAGAAAUGGAUGAAGAUGCUACCAUUCCAAUUAUUCUAGGUAGACCCUUUCUUGCUACCUCGGGUGCUAUGAUAGAUGUCAAGUGUGCAAAGAUUUCCCUUAAGGUAGGAGAUGAGCUCAUAGAAUUCGAUUUGAAUUAA